AAUCGAGGCUGUUGUGGGUAGACUUGUCUUUUCUUCAUACCUGUGUACUAUUAAUACCACGCUUCUGGAAUUCCUUUGUAUAUAUGUUCCAGGGCUCAGGGCUGAAGGCCCCCCCUUUUUUGAGGCGGGGCCUCCAGCCCCGGGCCCUUUUCAUCGACGGACUGCCGGGUGGGACGGCCUCCAAACGCCCACCUUCGCGGCCUCGCGGCCUCUUGCUUGUACCCUACAGAACCCAAACCCCUGAGGCCGUUCAAGCACCGACGGCCGGGGUUUGGAGGCUUCCGAAAGCGGCAAAGAAAGGCGGCAAGGCUGGACUCCCUUGCCGUGCUGCAGGUGCUCUACAGCCCUCCAGUGCCGUGCUUCGUGUACCCUACGGACCUCCUGUGUGCGGGCUCCUUAUGGGGGUAGCUUCUUGGGAGGUGGAAGGCCUCUGGGGGCCGCAGGUGGGGAGGCUUAUCCCCUUUCGCCGUGCUGCUGCUGCAUGUAUCCGACAGAACCCAGGCGGGCACGCCUUGCCCCCCCGUCCUCUUCGCCUUUGAUCCUCAACCCUCCGGGCGUUUGGUGGCGGCGGACGCUGCGACAAAUUAGGCGGAUGAGCGCCAAAGAGGCCAGGCCUCGCGACCGUGGCCGCCUUGGCGGGCCUUCUUCUCCCGGAGGGCGGAGGCUGUCCCCCUGAUUGGGUCGGGACGCCUUUGGGUUUGGGGUACACGCGAAGAGCCGCCAGGGGACUCCGGCUCCGCCUUUUGAGGCUUUCGCCCCCGGGAGUCCUUACAAGUCACCACCGCGGAAAAGAGGGCGCGCGGACGCCACCGCCACUCCGUCCGCAGGGAGGGGGGCCUUCUGUGAGGUGGACUGAACGCCGUGGAGCUGCCCAAUUUAGUCCCCCCCGCCGCUCUCUCCUGAUCUCUUGUGGAUUAUAAGGCGCACCCCUUUCUUGUUCUUCUUCUUCCUUGCUCUUUUUUGAUGCGUGACGCGGUCAAGGAUCCACGGAUCGAUCAACCAAGGGCCCACGGGUCGAUCAAGGACCCACGGGUCGAGCAAGUGGCCUCGGAUCUAUCAAGGAUUCGCGGAUCGAUCAAGGACCUGCGGAGCGAUAAAGGACCCACGGAUCGACCAAGGGCGCGCGGGUCGAUCGCAGGCCUGUGGAUCGAUCAAGGGCCGGGGGAUCGACCGAGGGCCUGCGUACCGAUCAAGCCUCCACUGAUCGAUCAAGGGCCCACGGAUCGACCAAGGGCCCGCGGGUCGGAUCGAUCAAGGACCCCUGGAUCGAUCAAGGACCCACCUACGGCGCGGAUCGACAAAGGGCCCACGGAUCGACCAAGGGGCGCCCCCGGAUCGAUCAAGGACCCACGGAUCGACGAGAGGAAGACGGAUCGCACCACGGAAGAAAUUCAGCAACAACAGCACGCAGACAAGAUGAUGAGCCCAAGACGGCCACCAGAACAGAGGGGCGCCAUAAUUAGCACAUUCUCGUGGAGGUAAAAGUGAAGACUUGGGUGAGUAGUCUGGUUAUUUGCUGAAGUUAGUGCCGCCGUCGCCGAUGUGAAUUGACUGGGCGGCGUUUGUUUUAAGAAGUAGACCAUCGAACGGACCAAGGCUAGCAAUUAUCUCCCUUCACACUAGUGCGCUAGCCGCUAGGUGUGUGCGUGUGUCCAGAUCAAUCAAAACGCCAAGCCCUUUCCGCAUGUUGUUGCGUGUUGCGUGACGCUCGAAAUUGAACGCAAAUAACUCGCCCACCCCCGAAGCUCUAGGCGUGACGCGGUGGGUGUCACUCAUCGCGUAACAGCUCUACGGCGUUCCGUAAGUCCCCAGGGGGGCCUCUCUCCUUGGUGCAUAGUAAUGAAAUAUAAAUACCACGGGCACAACAUCAUGCGCAUGCAUAGAAAAACUAUAACCAUAAAAUCCACGAAGAAACUUUCCUUGAUCUACUUGUCGCUGCUCCCGGCUGA